CGAAAAAAGGAGAAAAAAUAGCCUUAGGUCUUGAGGAUCCACAGCACUCGGAGAACAAAAGGAACGCGCGGAACAGGCCUGUUUCUUCUAGGCCCCUCCUCCCACCAAGGGAGACUUCAAGCCACCGCGCUCUCGGUUUUCACUCCGGUCCGCAGAGGGAACCCUAUAAGAGGGAGCUGCGCCGCCCUGGCUGCACUCUCGCUCGGGUUUUCGGAGAGAUGUCAGGUCGUGGUAAGGGCGGGAAGGGGCUGGGCAAGGGCGGCGCCAAGCGCCACCGCAAGGUGCUGCGCGACAACAUCCAGGGCAUCACCAAGCCCGCCAUCCGGCGGCUGGCCCGGCGCGGCGGCGUCAAGCGCAUCUCGGGCCUCAUCUACGAGGAGACCCGCGGGGUGCUCAAGGUGUUCCUGGAGAACGUGAUCCGGGACGCCGUCACCUACACAGAGCACGCCAAGCGCAAGACGGUCACGGCCAUGGACGUGGUCUACGCGCUCAAGCGCCAGGGCCGCACCCUCUACGGCUUCGGGGGUUGAAAACCAAAGUGGACUCCCAUCCUGUACCAAAAAGGCCCUUUUUAGGGCCCCCAAGUUUUCACUGAAGGAGCUUUAGUGUUCGUCUACAAACGGGUCUCGGUGGAGGCGCUCAGUUCCUGACGCAUCUCACAGGGUUAGUGCGGACCAGCCGCUUUUCGCCGCGGAGUGGGAUUGUGUGCAAUCCUGUUGGCUUUGGCUCUGGCUCCUUUCUGGUCAAACUAGAAUGACCAGGCGCCACUCUUAACUGCUAUUUAAAUAUGUUUGCAGAAUAAGCAAAGGGACAGGAUCCAUCCAAUAAAAACCCUAGAAAACCUAGGAUUGUAUCUCUCACACCCGUAUUGCACAAGUACUCUGGUCCCUAUCUUCAACAUUUCACUAGCGGCAGAGCAAAUUUUAUUGCCAGUCAUUUGCUAAACAAUCCAUUUUAACUGCAUUAUUUUUUAAAGAUUUUGUUAUGAGAAAGAGGCAAAGACCCAGACAGAAGUAGGCUACAUGCAAGGAGCCGGAUGUGGGACUGGAUCCCGAGGCUUGGGGGUAAUGCCCUGAGCUAAAGGCCGACGCAACCACUGAGCCACCCAGGCAUCCCAUUGAAUUGCAUUUCUGAUUAUAAUAUAAAGUUGCUAAUUUUCUUACAAGCUUUAUGGCUAUUUUGGAGUCCUGUCUUAAUGUUGGAUUUGUAUUUAGUUUUUACGAAUGUUGCCUGUCAGGCCUAAGCACACAAAUGUUAGGCUGCUUAUCUCCUUAGUUGGUUUGCAGAUUAAUGCUUUUCUGAAAUUACUAUAUUUACAGGCUGAUCUUCCUAUUUUAAUAAUUAACAAGCGAAUGUCUAAAAUUUGCAUGGCAUUAUAAAAGACAAUGGCAGUUAAAGAAAUCAUGCCGAAUAGUUGAUUCAAAUUUGUGCUAAAUCCUUUCUGUGGAUUCUCAUGCACUAACGAGAGAUUAUUUUGGUCUUAAAAUGGCAAAGUCACUGACAGCCAAGUCAAAUAACCAAGUU